UUGUCUUGGAAGACUUGGACCGUCACUUGCAGCUGGACGGGAGGGAGUAUGCAUUUGGAAAUUGAACAGGAACAGCGCACAAUUUCCAUAUCAGAACGGAAGCCGUAUGGAACCGCAAGCUCCCGCCGCCAGUGCCUCCGCUUCUUCCCAGCCUUCUGAGCCCUCCCAGUCCCACCCCUCUCAACCUCCCUCUACUUCCUUCCCUCCCUCGUCCUCAUCAGCCCCUUCCCUCUCUGCUCCCCUCCAUUCUUCCCCAAACCCUAAUGCCAUUCCCAAUCCAGCAACCUCCAAAGCCCUCUCCACCUCUCCUCUUCCCUCUUCAUCGGUCCCCCCUCAACCUCGCCCUCCCUCCGCACUCAACAGAAAUUUGCCGCAGCAACCACAACAGCAGCCGCAGCCGCAUUAUCCGCACUUCUCUUCGCCUCUCUCUUCACUCCCUCCUGCUUCUCCUGCUCCAGUGGGUUCCGGGUCUUCCUUUUCGUCUACCGGCUCUCCGUCAAUCUCCGGGCCUUCCGCACCAAGGGGUGGCAUGGCAAUCGGCGUUCCCACCCACCACCAGAACCCGUCCCCUCCGUUUUCUUCCUCUUUCGGGCAGCAUUUUGGAGGGUUGGGACGAACUGGAGUCAAUAUGCCGGACUCAACCUCUAAUUCUACCGCUGCUCAGGUGAGAGCGCCCACGCAAGGAAUGGGCAUGCUAGGAUCUCUCGGUUCAAGUUCUCAAAUGCGACCAGGUGGUAUGCCUCCGCAUCAACACCGACCCGUCCAAUCAUCUCUUAGAGCGCCAUCUGCCCAAAGUAAUCAGUCCACUGGUUCACAAAGUUUCCAAGGACAUGGACUCAUGAGAGCCUCAUCAGUGGGAUCUCCUGCAUCACCAUCUAUAAGUUCAUCACAAGGCAUGCAGUCAAUUAAUCAGCCGUGGUUGUCUUCUGGAUCACCAGGGAAGCCUCCUCUACCAUCUGCUUCUUAUAGGCAACACCCACCAUCCCUGCAGCAAAGGUCACAUAUACCUCCCCAGCAGCACUCAACACCAACAGCAUCACAGCAGCAGCCUUUGCCAUCAAAUCAGUUGCAGGAGCAUUUGGGGCAGCAAGUUCCAUCAUCGAGGGCGCUUCAUAUGCCUCACCAGCAACAGAACACAAAAGUGCAAGGACCUGGCAAUCCAAAAGCUACUUCUCUUGUGUCAGCACAACCUAGUGCCGUUCAAGUAGGGAUUCAGGGUCGAACAUCUAACGCAGAUGCUGAUGAAUCUUGUAAUAGAAUUCUCAGCAAAAGGACCAUUCAUGAGCUAGUCACUCAGGUUGAUCCAUCAGAGAAGCUGGAUCCUGAAGUUGCAGACGUUCUGGUGGAUAUAGCAGAAAAUUUCUUAGAGUCUAUCACUAAAUCUGGCUGCUCACUUGCCAAGCAUCGUAAAUCUACCAUGUUGGAAGCAAAGGACAUUCUUCUACAUUUAGAGAAAAAUUGGAAUAUGUCACUUCCUGGAUUUGGUGGCGAUGAGAUUAAAAGCUAUAGAAGACAGCUUGCUAGUGAUAUUCACAAAGAGCGUCUUGUAGCUGAUUGAACCAGAUCAAUUAACCAUUGAAGGAUGCAUGAUGGAGUAUUGAACUUGUGCUACCAAGCACCAAAAUCGCCAAACUUGUCUUCACCUGAGGGCACAAGUUACUUCCCUUCCCUUGUGUUUUCUCAUUCAAAACGCCUUGGAAGAAAUGUGGUUGUUUUCCCCCCUCUCCAACUUACCUAUUUAUUUUCUUAUGUGGCUAACUCACAUGACUUGGCUGCCAUGCGUGUACUUAGCCCUUCACGUCAUCAAAUUUGCUUACACUUUUAAGACAUGUUAGUAUCACAAGGGUUAGGAUACAUGAAUAUGAAAUUUUGAGGACUAUGUAACCAUUGAAAAAUAUAAGGAUGGGCAUAGAACCUUUUAAACUCUAGGGACCUGCUUGAAAACUGAGGUAAACUAUAGGUACUUGCAAAUUAAUUUUCCCAUUAAAAAAAAUGGAAAAGAUUUUCUUGGUGAUGUUAAAAUUCUUAAUGAUAUGAUUAUGUUGUUAUCUUUGGUUAUUUUGAUAUUUCUGUCAGAUAAAGAAGUCGAUGGUAGCAACAGAUGGCGCACACCACAAGGGUUCAGCUGGCCAGGCAUCUGCUGGUGCAAAGGGGAGUCAAGGAAAGACACCUGGGAAUGUCUUUAGCUCGCCCACUAUAAAGAAUUCAUGAGUUGCAUG